CUGAUUUUGCACUCGAAUAUAUUUCGACUGAACUUUCAAAAUUCAUGAAAUGCUGAGCACGAAAACAACUUAAACAGAGUCAAUUAUAUAGUUUAUGGAAAAGUCGUAAAAAUGCCGAUACUUGGACAAAUGUUUCCUGCAAAGCUGGGUCCCAAUUUGAUGACAGCCUCCAAAGUGCUAAAAAGUCCUCUUGGCCAGGCGUUAGUCUCCUUUUUGGUUGGCUACUUUGUCACCACAAAGUUGUCGCAAUUUUAUGGCAAAUUCAAGAGGGACUCUGAGAAAUCCGAUGAGUCGACGCAGUACUUGGACAUGUACCCCAGGAAAGAGAGUCAGCCAAAGGACACCAAAGGACACGAUAUCGUUCUGCUCACUCUGGAGGAGCUAACUGCCUUCGAUGGCUCGAGUCCCAGUCUACCCAUUUACACCGCUCUGAAUGGCCUCAUAUACGAUCUGAGUCCGGGCCGAGAAAAGUUCAGCAGUCACGGUCCGUACUCCCUAUUGGCCGGUUGCAAUGCCAACAAGGUCCUGAACAUUGCCUGCAGUUCCAUGGGCGUCUGCGCUGCGAACGUAAUAAGUCGCUGGGAGCAGAGCCUAAGAGCCGAAUUUAAAGUCGUAGGAUAUUUAGUCGAUGCUGAUAUAGAUAUUAUUAGCGGUAGUCCAGUCAAACAUACAAAUUCGGCCAUAGGGGAGCAAAUGGAGAAGAGUGAUAUCGUUUAAGAUGCUGUGAAUAUCCCGUUUUCUUAGCUUGGCAAUAAAAUAUUAUUCACAGAAACUAGUAAUUUACUUCCAAGCUAACUGAAGGGGAUAUUCAGUGCAACCACGGACUAAAAAUGCGUUUGGAAAAAUUACAUGUAACUUGUAGAAUAAACAAAAUUAUUGAAG